AAAAGCUAGUUUUGCUCUAAAUAGUUGUGUAAAAUAAUAAUUCUAUAGUGUACCAACAAGUUGGCGUGCUUAAGUCAUUUUUGGCAAUUAUCGAGUUUUGCAUCUCGUGCACUCAGAUAUGCCCUGUUCUAAGCUUAAUUUCUCAAAUAAGGAAAGAAAUAUUGAAUCUAACUGAAAAACAUAAUACAAAAAAGCUUCAGGUGGGGGUUUUGAACCCUGAAGAUUCUGUUAUCAUUUACGAAAAUUUUAAAUCAACAGCUUACUAUCCAAACUAUCAGCACCUUUAGAGAAGUUUACACAUAUCUCACAGAAUUGAAUCUGCACUUUCAUUUAUCAUCAUCAGCCUCAAAGAUUGCUGUACGUCUUAUCAGAAUCGGUUUCAUAUACUAUACGAGCCCCGUCCAGCUUCAGUUGGCCCACUUGGUAAAUUUGCAAUUAUUGGCAUAUAUUGACAAUCAUUCAAACUAAUAGAGGCAUAAUUCUUAAUUUUUAUUUUGCAAACAGCAUCUUAAAAUUCUAUUACACAAAAAACUAAACUAAUAACACUUGGAGCUGACUAAGCGAAAAAAGGGGAAACAACAAAAUUUGUGAAUUUUAUCUCUAAGAAACAAGAAUUCGUAACUCAUUUUACCACUGAGUAACAUCACCUUUAUUUUUAAUUACAGCUUCAAUUCGUCGACCUAAGUAUUUAUUAAGUCCUGACACUUAUCUGUAGUGAAAUUAUCCCAAAUGUUCUGCAGUUUUUCCUUGAGUUCUUGCAAAGUCCUGGCAGCAUUGGCUCGCAGCCUCUUUUUCAUGAUGUGCCCUAAGGUCUCGAUGGGUGAAAGGUCCGGACUACUAGAAACCCAUUCUAGGAUUGCUACUUCAUGGUCUAGAAGCCAUUUCAUGGUGUUUUUGGAAGUAUGGCAGCACCGUUUUGCUGGAACAUGAAGUCAACAAAAAUUUCUCUAGGAUGUCUAAAUAUUCAUCUGAGUUAACAAUGCCAUUGAUAAAAUGUAAUUUGCCAACAUCUCUUGCCGACAUUGAAGCCCAGACCAUUACUGAAGAUGGAAAUUUAACUUUGCGCUUGAGACAAUCAGGAUGAUAAGUUUCAUAUUUUUGGCGAAUAACUCUUCUCCGACUAACAACCCGCAAAGUUCGAAUCGUGACUCGUCACUCCAGUGCACACGAUUGCACCUCUCCAUAUCCCAAUUUCGGUGGCUUUUAGCACAUUUUAACCUGUUUUGCUUCUGCUUUAAGGUACGUUUUCCUAGCGACGGGUUUUUUACGCAGCGCGGAACCGAUUUAUCGUAAUCACGUUGGCAGGGACGUGAAAUGCAGUACGUUGCGUGAAAGUGUUUUCCUAGAGACGCGUUUUCAGUCAACGUAGGUGGUGCCAGACUUCAGUUGCAGUUUUAUAAAAUGGAGGUAAUACGGAGGAAAAGAAAACUCGCUGCGAUGCUAAUAAUAACAGAAAUCAUAGAUGAUGACAGGGAUGAAGAAAUAAUUUUGAGGGAAUUGGCUGAGAGCAGGAAGGAAGUGAGUGCUGUGUUCCAAAAACGCAUGAAUGAAGGAAUAUACAACACUUUGAUCAAGCGCCAUUUCCGUGAUGAAGAAGAAAAGUUUCAAAGCUAUUUUAGAUUGACCCGCGAACGGUUUUCCUUUGUUUUAAGCCUCGUUGAAGAAGAUAUAAUAACCUCCUCCUAUAACAGAGUCAAAGAACCAAUAACAGCAGCAGAAAAAUUGGCGUUAACGCUAAGGUUUCUGGCCACAGGGGAAUCGUACAGAUCACUUUCAUUUGGCUACCGCAUCUCACACUCUGCAAUAAGCAAGAUCGUGCCCAAGGUGUUAGCUGCUCUACAGACAAAGCUUGUUCCACUUUUUUUACCUCCGCCUGAAGAGAUACGCUGGGCACAGAAGGCAGACGAGUUUUUGAAACGUUGGAGUUUUCCCAACUGUAUAGCUUCCAUUGAUGGCAAACAUGUGAGAAUUGUAGCACCAGCCAAAUCGGGAAGUCUCUACUUUAACUACAAGCGAUAUUAUUCUGUGGUGCUUCUUGCAAUGGUUGAUGCAAACUGCAAGUUUCUCAUUAUUGAUGUGGGAUCGUAUGGAAAGGAAGGUGACGCAGGGAUUUUCAAAAAGUCCAAAAUGGGAGAGUUAGUGAAGAAUGGAACCAUGUUUCCACCUCCAAAAUACCUACCAAACUCUCACACCUUGCUACCUCACGUAGUAGUUGGUGAUGAUGCAUUCAGUUUGAGUGAACAUAUGAUGAAGCCUUAUCCCAGAGCACAAAUAUUGCACGAUGAAAAGAAAAGAAAGUUCAACUUCUGCCUCAGCAAAGCCAGAAGAACUUCUGAAAACGCUUUUGGCAUCAUGAGCACCAUUUUCAGAAUUUUUUUUACUCCAAUAAAUUUGAAAACUGAAACUGUUGACUCGAUUAUUGUGGUGUGCUGCAGUUUACACAACAUGCUGAGGGAUGAUUAUUUAUCAUUGAAUGCUACAAAAGUAGAUAUAACGCCAAAUCUGGAGGGCUUCCCAACCCAAAACCUUAUCAAUUUAGCAGGUACAGGUGGUUUUGCGGGGGCUGAAGGAUUUGAAGUGAGGAGGCAGCUCACUAAUUACUUCAGUCCGCAGUAAUGCAUUCCCUCACAUUAAAAGCACUACCUACUGUUAUAUAACUACAGUUUCAAGAGGUUAUUCUAUAAAUCAAUCCCUAUAUCUACCCGUUUGAAAAUCUUGUUGACUUACCAUAUUAUUUUAGAACAAUAUAAUUUACAUUAUUCAACCUACUGUUACUAAUACUUAUAAUAACAAUAAAUAUACUAAAACGGUUUAAAAAACGUACCUUCUUUAUUCAAAACUUUUCCAGCUUCAAUCCAAAUGAGGUCUUUUUUUAAUGUGUUCUUGAAGUCCGGGUCUUUCAUGUCAUACAAUAUUGAAUGGUUCUGUACAAAUUCAAUGAGUACUUCGUCAUCAUCGGCAGAAAAUUUCACCGUUGGUAGUUUCACAGAACUUUGUGACAUUUUUUACAGCAGUAUACACAAGAUAACACGCUUCCUAACCUCAAUGUAGCACGUGCGCUCAAAGCAAAUCACGCAGCGUACAACGGAAUAGACUCCUCCGAAAGCAGUCGGAUCUAUUCCGUCGACGUUUUACGUUCCACGCUGACGUGAUGCGCCGUUCAGGAAAACACUCCCAUUAAAUUUCGAGGAAGAAGUGCUCGACGUAAAACGCUCAACGUAUCACGUUGACCACGACGCAAAAAACCCGUCGCUAGGAAAACGCCCCUUUAGGAGGGGAAAGCACGUGUUACAUUUUUAUAAUGCAACGUCGGCGGCGUCCGUUCAAAGCUAGAAACAACUGUGUAAACGAGUUCGGAUAAUAGAAGGUCCGGAUAAUAGAGGUUCGGAUAACCGAAGUUCUACUGUAACUAGAAAGGCAGUUCUGGGCCUUACCAUUAAUAACAGACCUAAGUAGCAAAUACUUUCUUACGGAUAUAUCCAAAUCUACCAUAAGGGCUAAAGCUUCAGCUGUACUAAAACAAAAAAUUUGUGGCGA